AUGCGCAGUAUCUUCGCACCGGAGAUGCGUGGCUGCGGUGUUGUGGGCCGGGUUUUGAGUGGUCGGCGACUGGGGCAAAGGGUCCCCACAGCGCCCCAGGCCGCAGGUUUUAGCGCCGAGGCCGGGAAUCGUCCGCAACCUCGACGCUCCAGCAAACCGUCCGGACCUCUCCGGGACCGGUCUUUCCCGGGGCUGCUGCAGCUGGAGAACCUCAGUCGUGAGGAGCUGGUUAAUGUGCUGAGGGCAGCAGUGGUGGAACAGAAAGGACCUCUAGUGACACUGAACAAGCCACAGGGGCUGCCAGUGACAGGGAAACCUGGAGAUCUGACACUGUUUUCAGUGCUGCCAGAGCUGAACCAGUCCCUGGGGCUUGGGCAGCAGGAGCUCCAGAUUGUUCAAGCUCCUGGGAAGGAGAGCUCUGGACUUGUACUCCUCUCCAGUUGUCCCCAGACUGCAAGCCGCCUCCAGAAGUUCUUUGCUCACUCACGGAGAAACCAGCGACCCACAGCCACCUACUGUGCCAUCACUGAUGGGAUCCCAGCUCCUUUGGAGGGGAAGAUCCAAGCAGCUCUGAAACUGGAACACAUUGAUGGGGUCAGUCUUGUAGUUCCAGUGAAUCCCCCAUCCCGAAAGGACAUCCUGGAAGGUGUCAAGAGGACCCUUAGCCACUUCUGUGUGGUGGCCACGGGCUCUGGCUGUGCCCUGGUCCACCUGCAACCACUUACAGAUUGUGGAUUCAUGUUCAGCUGAGCCUUUAUCUGUGAGAAUCCUUUGUUGCCUGGCUGGGAGGUGCGGCCUUUCCAAGAGGUUCUGUUUUUGCUUCUGCUGGAUGCACCAGGGACUCUCUGAGUAGUAAUGCCUUGGGGGCAGUUUAAGGAUGACCCAAGUGGUGUAAAUAUGAGCCCCAAACGUGGGUGAGAGUAGGCUCAUGGUUGCGAAUUCUCAAGGGAACACUUGUUCACUCCUCCCAUCCUUCCAGACCUUCACUGGUGGCUGAAUUUUCCUUCUGGUCCUCCCUUUCAAUUGGAUUUCAUUUGGGCACCAAAUUCUCAUCCCUGGCCUCCAGACAGCUCUUAAAACCCAAGCCCCCUGCAUACCAAGCCUCUUGGCAACACCCCUGGGACAGUCGAAGCACUGGCUCUCUCUCUUGCUCUGGAUUUCUUUUCUUUUUUGUGUGUUUUGGUCUCAGGGAUCUUCCUUCCUUUGUGCUUAGGUAUAUAUUUUAAAAGGUGAUUGUUACAUUUUACCUAGUGUUUCUAGGUGGUUUGUAGCAAGAGGGAUUUUAGAAUAUCCAUUCCACCAUAUUGCCAGAAAUGGAAGCAGAGUAGAAGUCCUGGGUUGGAUCCCAGCUGAUGGUGGCAGACAAGUUACUUCUUUUGGAGCUUCAGUUUUCCUAUCUGGAAGACAGAAAUGACAAUAAGACCUGCCUUACAGGGUUGUCAUGAGGAUUAAAUAAGUUUAACACAUAUGAGAGAUUUCAUAGCAUACCUCACACAUACCUCUCCAUUUCUCUAUUGGCCAAGGUACUUUUGGUUGCAAGUUUCCCAAAAAACAGUUCUGAUUGGUAUAAACCAAAAAGAGAACUUACUGGCUCAAAUAACAAAUCCAGGCACAGCUGGAUCCGGAGGCUCAGAGGCUGUCAUCAGGAAGCUCUUUCUCCAUUUCUUGGUUCUUCCUCCCUGCAUGCUGGCUUCAUUGUCCCACAGGUUCCCCCCUGGUGAAGGCAGAGAUGGUCCCCAGCAGCUCCAGGCUUACAUGCCACCAGUUUAGCAACCCCAGCAGGAAACAAUUCCUUAUUCCCCAUAGUUUCAGCAGUAAUUUCAGAAUUGUGUCUCAUCGUGAAGCAAUCACAAGGCCCAGGUGGAUUGACUUCUGUGCUUGUACUAACCUGGCCACAGACUCCUGUUUGGGGCAGGGAUUGGUAGCAUUAACCUCACUGAAACCACACGAUGUGAGAAUGGUGGGUAGUGUUUCCCCAGAGGAAAGGGGGCAGGGGGACAGAUCGAGCAGCAGCCCCCCAUCUGUCCUGUCUUUCUCUUG